AUGUCAGAGGCCUGCUGUGGGUCCAUGUGCCAUCGUGGGACAGGUAGGCUCAAUAGGAAGGUCUAUUCUGUUAUCCAGCUUCAGGCAGGUAACGACCACUGCGGACUUAAAUCUCUCAAAGGAAAGCCAAAAGGAGAUAAAGUCCUCACACUUGCUGUUCCACAGUGUGGAGAAUGCAGUGCCUGCUUGAAUCCCAAGGGAAACUUCUGUGAGAAGCAAGACUUUCUACCCUCUUCUAGAUUAAUGCUGGAUGGCACCAGCAGGUUUACCUGCAAAGGAAAAAAGAUCUAUCAUUCUUUCCACACAAGUACAUUCACUGAAUAUACUGUUGUGCCUGCGAUUUCAGUGGUGAAAAUUGAUGCUGCUGCUCCCAUGGAUAAGAUUUGUGUCAUAAGCUGUGAGGUGGCUACAGGAUAUGGGGCGGCUGUUCCCUCGGCCAAGGUCACUUCUGGUUCUGCCUGUGUGGUCUUUGGACUUGGAGGAAUCGGCUCAGCUAUUGUCAUGGGCUGUAAAGCCUCUGGUGCUUCUAGAAUCAUUGGAGUUGAUAUCAAUGAGGAAAAAUUUCCUCAGGCAAGAGCAUUAGGGGUCACAGAUUGUCUCAACCCUUCGAAUCUCAAGAAGCCCGUCCAGGAGGUGGUCAAGGAAAUGACAGGCACCAGUGUUGACUUUGCCUUUGAGGCCAUCGGACUCGCAGAAACCAUGGUUGCUGCUUGGGACUCCUGCCACCUGAGCCAAGGUGUCUGUAUAAUCACUGGAGUGUCUCCACCAGGUUCAAAGUUUUCCCUUUCUGCUCAAUCAGUUUCCACUGGACAGACACUGAAGGGUUCGUGUUUAGGAGAUUAUAAAACCAGAGACUGUUUUCCCCAACUAGUGACUGCUUACCUACAAAAUAAAAUUAAUAUAGAUCCAUUAAUAACCCAUCAGUUGCCUUUUGACCAACUCCACAAAGCUUUUGAGUUGUAUCAUGCUGGAAAAACGAUCCGCUGUGUUCUGCUGUUCUGA